UCUGUGCACCACACGUUUUAUUUUUAGGUUAUUUUUCUGUUUUGUUUUACAUUUGAGAGGUAUUGUACAGAAAUUAAAAUAGAAGCAAUGAGUGAUUUCAUGCUAAAUGAUAGUGAUACGGAAGUGGAUUCCGAUGAGGAGCUCCAGGAGGCAUUUGCCAAGGGAAUAUUGAAGCCAGGUCUCAAUGAAGUCAUAGAGAAAGUACAGAAGAAAUAUAUAAAUAAUGUAUCAGACAUAAAGGCUAAAUUAAAGGAGUUUUCACUAAAACUACCAUGGGUGGAAACGCUAGAUUUAACAACAGCAGUAGCUCCUAUGGCCCCUGAUGUGGCGUUGCAAUUACAGCAAACAGCACAAAGAAGAAAAAAUAUAAAGGAAAACAGCAAGGGCAAACAAGAGUAUGAUCCGUCCCAGGAUCCAGUAUUAAAUGAGUUUAAACGAGAAAACCUUAUACAUCGUCAAGCUCAGGCAGCUGUAGUUGAUGGCAUCAAAAGGUUGAAAGAGUUGAAUAUACCUACAAAAAGGCCAGAUGACUAUUUUGCUGAGAUGGCCAAGACAGAUGAACAUAUGCAGAAAGUACGAAAGAAUCUAAUGGCCAAGCAGGCAGCUCAGGCUAGAGUUGAAAAAGUAAGACAAUUGAGGGAACAAAAGAAAAUAUCUAAGAGAGUACAGAUUGAUACAAAGCUUAAACAAGCUGCAGACAAACGACAAAUGCUUGAACAACUGAAAAGAGUAAGGAAAGGAAAAUCAAGCGAUUUAGACUUUUUAGACGAUAACAAAGGUAAAAACAAAGGAGGCAAAGAUCCAAAGAAUAAAGUGAACAAAAAACGUGUGAUGAAGGAUAAGAAGUUUGGAUUUGGUGGUAAAAAGAAGGGUUCAAAAUUAAAUACUAGAGAUUCCUCUAACCAAAUGGAAGGGUUUAACAGUUCUGCUAAAAAGAAGCCAUUUAAUUUUAAGACAAAGUCAUUUAAACCGAAUAAUAAGAAGAAGAAUCAGAGGCCAGGAAAAUCAAAGAGGAAAAAUGCCAAGAGAUAAUUUCAAUAAAAUGUUGCAUUAAUAACA